AUGCUUACUGUACGCUUGCAACAGAAAAUUGAUAGUUUCGAUGACUGGAGACUACAUUGGAUUCGAUCAUCGCUUGCUGAGUUAAAAGGUAUUUUGAAUCAGAAAAUCUAUCGUAUCUUACAAAGAGAUCCCGGAUUAGUAGCUGUAUUACGAGAGGCAUUGAACGAUUCAUUUAAAGAAUGCAUACGGCUUUCAUCGAUUCACAAAUGGAAUUGUCGAAUUACUGGAUCAACUUAUGGCGAAUUUUUUCCAUCAUUAGCAUCACACGGUAGGAAAGCGAUUGAUCGUAUUUCAUCUUUUUUUGAAACUAGAAGUCAGCCCGUAUAA